GUCACCUCUUGGGUUUUGAGACUGCGAUGCAGGUUUGCUGAAAUGGAUGAUGUGAGGUUUCUCUUUGUUCACAACUUGUGUCUUUAACCAGGUGACAUCAGCUUUGUAGCACUGACUGAGAAAGGCAAGGUGAUGAUGUGUACUUUACCCUAUAGUUCGAGUGCAGCCCAAAGUAUGAACUUCAAAGCAGCUACUGCAGGACAACGCAUUAAGGAUCUUCUCGCUGGCAUUGGCAAUGUCGCUGACAGAAUCACGUCCUUGAAGCAUGUCAUGCAGCAAAAAGACAAAGCUUUAAAAGGGCUGAACCAGGAUUUCAACAUAUGCUGUGGACUGCUGUCCAAUCAAGAAGAUCAGGAGAAAGGAAUGGUACCUUCUAAACAACCAAUCAGCUGCUACGUCACUGCAAAGUGGAACCGCUUACUGCUACAGGAUUCACUGGUUGUUUCCUGCAUUUUGGAGAACCUCAGCGAUUGGCCGUUGGAACACCGAUGGUCUCUUUGUGUCAGGGUUAUUAUCCAGACACCUGCUUUGACCAAAAGCUCAGACAGCACAGCCUUUACUUACAACUUUCCCAUCAGUGAGCUUGCACCUGGAAAGAAGAUGGAGGUCGCUGUCCCUUUGAACUGUGCGAGUGAUGAUUUUAUAGCACUUCCUGUGUCAGUUCACUGCUUUCUCUAUUAUAACUUGAACAGUAUUUUGACAGGAAAUGACAAUGAACGCCCCUUCCCUGACAGUUCCAUGAUGGCUCCUGGCUGUUCUGAUAAUAAUGGAAUUUGCUUGCCUGUAAACACUCAUGUGAUUGAUUUGUUAGAUUGCCUGCACAUUCACGGAGGAGGAGCAGCUGAAAUCGUGCCAGCUCUGAACAUCAACCGCAAAUCUAGCACAUCAGACCCCUUGGCGAUAUUUCUGCAGUCCUUGAUGUGCUUUGAAACUGACAACAUUAAAGGCAAUGAAACGUUUAAAGGCUCUUUCAAUGUUCCGGGUAGUGAGAGUACUUUCUCAGCUUCCAUCAAGUUGUCCUCUGAACUGGCGAAGGUUGUUCUGCAAGAUUUGGGCAAAGGAGAUGCUGCGGUGAAUGGAUCUGAUAUCCUUCAGUGGCUGUUCUCUGGCAAUCCUGAGGUGGCAACAGUAGGAACGCAGCCUCUACCAAUGGUGCACUGUACUGCACCAGAUGGCAGCAGUGUCCGGAUAUUGUCAAAGCAGGUUGCCAUUGCCGAUUUCUCUGUUGAUGGAUCACUCAGUGUCGUGGAAAUUGUGAUGGAAUGUUCUUCGCUAACGAUGCUUUGUUUCUUGCAUCAGGCAAUUACACGGCGUGUCCAGAUGCUCUUGGAGCAGAGUUCUCCCAGCAGUGACUCACUGCCUGGCUUUCGAGUACAGAGUCUUAGACAGCUGGUACACAAUGCAGAGGGCCUGCUUAAAGAGGUGCAGUCAUUGCGUGACCAGUUGUGUGUUAGGGUGGAAAUCGAUAUGACUGAUACUGCGGCCAAACUUCUGCAGCUAUACAGGCAGCUGAGGAACACCGAUUUGGUUAUUGUAUAACAACUGGAAUUGUUCAAACUACUAAGCCUCCUGAUGAUGCCAAACUGGUUUUCCACUUUAUUCUUUAACAGUCUGUAGCUGAUGAGAGGGACUUGUUGUGCCAGUUUUAAAUUGCUGCCCUCUUGUGCAGUUCAUGGCAUCAGAAAUUGACAAAAAAGAACUUGCAUUUUUGUAGCUCCUCACAUUCUCAGGAAAAUAGCUACAUGGCCAAUUAAUUACUUCCAAAGUGUAGUCACUGUUGUUUUUUUAGGCACAUUUGGCAUCCAGUUUGUGCACAACAUUGAUUUCCAUUGACCUGUUUAGGAGGUAUAAGCUUAGGGAUACAGAUUGUCCAGGAUGUCAGGAGAAAUGCGUGCUCUUUGAACAGUGCAAUUGGCAUCUUUUAUGUUCAGUUAAACAAGCGAAUGGGGCUUAAGUCUCAUGUCUUAUUUGAAAGACAUCACCUGUGACUGUGUACUGCUCCUCAGGAAUCCACUGAAUUAGCUGCCUAAGUCAAGUGCUCCAAUCCUGCAUUGGCCUUGAACCCCUGAUCUUCUGACUCUGAUGCAUGACACACUGUAAUCACAAAUGUUAUAAUAGCAGACCUUUUGGCCAAAGAUCUGGAAUGGUUUGCAUAUGCAGAGUCACGGCACUUGAAAACAAUUCACAAUAGAAAGCACUUUGUCACAUCAUUGAAACAUCUCAGAGUUUUAUGAAAGCACAAGGAAUGACAUUGAUGGUUAAAAUGAGAUAAUGGAUCAGUGCAGUUUGGACUCUAUGGACUGAUGUAUUUCUGUGAUAUUUGUGGUCUUUGGACUAUUUGCAUGAACCUCAUUGUUAAACAAGAGCUUGCAAAACCUGGUAUUCUACAAUGAUAAAAUGUCUGGCCCAGCAGUGUGUCUGGUAGUGUGGCCACAGACAUGUGUCAAUUAUUAUGGGAAACUGCUUUUUAUCAGAAGGGAGAUACAGAAAUGUAAUUUGAUAACAAAUGCAGUGUUGAAAAACUUGAAAUAAACUUGUUUGUCAAUAAA